AAAACCCUAAUAAAACCCCCGGGACCGUGGCCUUUAAAACCCUCCGAUCGCACCCCGAAGAAGGGCUUUAAGCCGAGUCGAAAGAGAGGAAGUUGUCGGAAGGGGCCUCCACGGAGGUUCUGAACAAUGGCUUUGACCAAUAAAAUUGGAAAUCUCUUUAAGAAAGCUAUAACUUCCAAUCCAUCAGUGUACCAGGCAAUACGAUGCAUGUCAUCCUCAAAACUCUUUGUUGGAGGACUCUCAUAUGGCACAGAUGAUCAGAGUCUGAGAGAAGCAUUCACCGGCUAUGGUGAAGUUGUGGAAGCUAGAGUAAUCAUGGAUCGAGAGACUGGUAGGUCUAGAGGAUUUGGUUUUGUAACUUUUACAUCUGGCGAGGAGGCCUCUGCUGCCAUUACUGGAAUGGAUGGAAAGGAUCUUCAUGGCCGGAUUGUAAGAGUCAAUUAUGCUACAGAUAGGACAGGAUCUCGUGGCGGUUAUGGUGGUGGUGGUUAUGGCGGCGGCGGCUAUGGAGGUGGUGGUUAUGGCGGCGGCGGCUAUGGUGGUAGAGGUGGAUAUGGUGCUGGUGGGGGCUACGGUGGAGGUGGCGGCUACGGUGCUGGAGGGGGAUAUGGUGGUGGUGCUGGUGGCUAUGGUCGGGACGGUGGUGGCAAUAAUUACAGUGGAGAUAACUACAGCGGUGGAGGUGGUGGUUAUGGUGGUGGCGGCUAUGGUGGAAGUACUGAUGGUUAUGGUGGUAGCAGUAGUGGAGGGAGCUACAGUGUUGCUGGAGGUGGCGGUGGUAGUGACAACUAUGGCAGCGGUGCCUCUGCUGAUAACUAUGUCAGUGGUGGUGGUGCAGCUGGUUAUGGCAGCAGUGGCGGCUAUGGUGGGAGCAGUGCGAUGGGUUAUGGCAGCAACGGCGACCAACAUAGCAACAACAUGAGCAGUGCAGAUGCUGGUUAUGAGAAUGGAAGUCAGGAUGACUUGUUGGAUGACAAAUUCGAGGAUGAUAAUGACCAUCCUGAUGACUUUGCCAACAAGCGAGGAUGAUAAUUGGCAUUUUGUCAUUAAAUCUUGAGAGCGAACUUCAUAAGAGGGCAUUAUCUAUGUAACCAGUGUUGAAUAAGCUAGGUCAUACCUACAUUUUCUGUUCUUUGUUUUUUUUUUGUUUUUCUUUGCUUCAAUUAGUGUUGCAGAAAUCUGAACAGGGAAUUAAUCAUGGGUUACCUUGAUCUUAAUCUGCAGAUGCACAUACGUGCUUUGAAUAUUUGUUCUAGAUAUCAUUUUAAGGUGUUUUUUUA